UAUGGUAUCAGAUUUUUACUCAAAUAUUUAGUAAGAAUGUCAUAUUUUUCAUUGCAGACUCUUAUUUUCUUUUAUUUUGUUCACUUCAUUGCUAUUUCGCAUGCUCUUAGUAAUGGUUUUAGUGUCGAACUCAUUCACCGUAACUCUCCAAGAUCACCACUCUACCACCCCACUGAAACUAAUUUACAACGAGUUUUAAAUGAUGUGCGUCGCUCCAUCAAUCGUGUCAAUCAUUUGAACAAAAAAAUUUCACACACUUCAAAACCUAUAUCGACUUCAACCCCAGAUACAGGUGAGUAUCUCAUGAGUUAUUCAGUUGGUACUCCGCCAUUUAAGGUCUAUGGUAUUAUUGAUACAGGCAGUGAUUUUGUUUGGAUUCAAUGCAAACCUUGUAAUAUAUGUUACAACCAAACAUCUCCUAUAUUUAAUCCUUCAAAAUCUUCGAGUUACAAAAACAUUAGUUGCUCUUCUAGAACAUGUAAAUCAGUUGAACAAACAACUUGUUCUAAUGAUACAAAUAUUUGUGAAUAUACCCUACAAUAUGGUGAUGGGUCAAAGACAACGGGAGAUGUAAGUUUGGAGACUUUAACAUUAGAUUCUACUACUGGAUCUAGUGUCUCAUUUCCUAAAACUGUUAUCGGAUGUGGACACACAAAUACAGUGUCGUUUAGAGGUCAAAGCUCUGGUGUAGUUGGUCUUGGAAGUGGACGUAAGUCGCUUAUAAAACAAUUAGACUCUUCGAUUGAUGGAAAAUUCUCUUAUUGCUUGAUUCCUUUUUAUGGUGAGUUUAGUCAGUCUAACUCAUCUAGCAAACUCAACUUUGGAGAUGCUGCUAUUGUUUCUGGUGAAGGUGUUGUUUCAACUCCCUUAGUCAAAAUCAAUGGUAUAUUAAAUGACUUGUACUUCGUAACAUUGGAAGCAUUUAGCGUGGGAAACAAAAGAAUAGGUUUUGGUGGAUCCAAAUUUGGAAAAACAAAUGCUACCACAAAAACUAUCACAAUUGACAGUGGUACACCAGUUACUUUUUUGCCACAUCGUUUUUACGUUCAAUUGAGAGCAGCUGUGGCAGAAAAUAUUAAACUAAAACGUGUAGACUUUCCUACUCUUCCAUUAAACCUUUGCUACAAUACCACAUUGGGACAAUUAAAUGUUCCUAAAAUUACUGCACAUUUUAGUGGCGGAGAUGUAAAGUUAGAUUCUAAUAGCAUCUUUAUUCCAAUUGGUAAUGGGGUUAUGUGCUUUGCUUUCCUACCAUCACAAGGGUUUUCACUUUUUGGGAACAUUCUCCAACAUAACUUGUUGAUUGGCUUUGACGUCAACAAAAAUGUUAUUUCUUUUAAGCCUACUGAUUGUACUAAGCAUUGAUUGAAUGUAGACCUGUUUACUUAAUUUAAUAUAUCAAUUAUUAAUAAGAGUUUUCAUUUUGUUUGAAGUCUCUUUAUGAAA